CAAACGAGCGCGCGUUUAUUGUCUUCUUUGCCUCUCUUUUUUUUCGUAGUUAUCAGCUGUGGCUUAAAAAAGAAUUUUAUGAAAUUUUUGAAAAAAUAUUAAAAAUUUGUUUAAAUUAAGAUAAAUGACUUCUUUGAAAGAAAAUUAUAAUUGUAUCAAGUUUAAUUAUGACUCGGAAGCAUCUUCAGGUGCUGGGACCACAUUGGGAGAACAUCCUGAUUUUGAUUCCCUAUAUCUGGUGCAAGCGCCUUCAUAUGAUAAUGAAGUAACUGUAAUAACUUCUUAUUCAAAUUCAAAUACAAUGGCUUCAACAAAAUCCCUGACCAUGCCUUCGUUAAGUGAACUCAAUAAUAAUGUGGAAACUAUUGUACAAAAAGACGUCUUGAAAUCUCAACAACGUGAAUUAAUGUUUGGCAUACCCAUAAAUUCUAGCCAAGAAUCAUCAUUUGAAGGUUUUGGUUCUAGUCCUUUUGAUAAACUACAACGUCUUUUCUAUUCCAAUCAAGCACAAGAGCUGCAACCGCAAGCGGAUAACAAUACAAAGUUGGAGAAUCAUUUAAAACCUCAACAAAUUACACAAAAACCAUCGCCUGGUAAAAUGUUAUUUUCAAAAUUCUACGAUACUAUUAUAGAGGAAAAUAGCUGUAAUGCGGUAGAUAUACAAAUGUCUCGGGAAAUGGAUAAUAAUGGCUUACAAACUAGAAGAGCUAGUAUAGAAAAUCAUAACUCCUAUAAUAGUGAUAUGAAUCCUUCUUCAGAAUUAUCAUUUAAUGGUAAAAUAAAAAGUUUAAAUCCAACACAGGAUACAGCACAGACAUCAACUGCUCAAACUGUAGCCAAUAGACGUUUAUCUAGUUUAAUGGAAACUUCACUCAAUACUUCACAACAAUUUUCGGAAUCUUUUAUAUUAAAAAAAUACAGUAAUGAAAAAUCUCCCGAUCUUUUUGGUGAAGAUGAGGACGACGAUGAUGAUGAUAAUGAUGAAGAAGCAGAAGAAGACGAAGAGCCAGAACAUGACCCUGAUGAAACAGUAGAGUACGAGGAACGAGCACAAAAUCUCAAAACUAUACCCGAACAUGCAACAGUAUUAAAUGAAUCCCAACCUGCUCUUGUUACCUGCAAUUUAGCUGAUAACUCUUUCAAUUGUCCCACCGAAUCUAGUUUUGCCAACGAUGAUCAAACCAUGGAUUGUAGUUUAACACAAGGCAGUUGUUUUGGUAUCAGUGGCAAUUCUUCCGAUUCCUAUACACUAUUCAAAGAUAAUUGUCGCCGGGAACGUGAAAUGUUAAGACGUAUACGUAAAUGUUUGGCUGGUAUUUUGCCACCACCCUCAGUAACAAUACCACAAUUGGAUAUGGUUAAUGCAGUGUUAUCGAAAAAGAAUGAUAUAUUCAAUUUCAUUGAGGAUAUAAAACAAGAGUCGGCAAAACAAUCUACAACAAUUGAUGGUGCUUCCAGCAGCUCCUCAAGGCCGACAAGUUUAUUUAAACCAACACACACUUUAGAGGAGACAAAAAAUAUGCCAUGGCGUGAUAUUUUAAGUGUGAGACAACAUGGUUUGUGCUACAAUUUAAACAAGGCCUCUGAAAACAAUGAAUAUCUAAGUUUGUCAGUUAUGGAGCGUUUUAUUGGAGCCGAAACUGCUUCCUCGUAUCUAAAUUCACCCUCAUCAGCUAAGAAACGUAGCACACGUCUUAAAUUACUAUGUCAAUCGCCGGGUAAUCGUUUAAGUCAUUUAGCCAAAAGACGUGCUAUAUUCUCAUCUGCCAAUUUGGCCACACAAAAAACUAGUACUCUUGUAGGACCACAAAUCUUAUUGGAUAAAAAGAAAGUCAAAAAUCGCCGUAAGGCUACGCCUAAACGUAUGACACCAGGCAGUAAAAAGAAAAACCGUAAAACACCCAGUUCUUCGGCACGCAAACGUUUGUUCCGUAAUGACAUAGUUAAGCCCGGACCAUCACGUGAAACAUCUAAGCGUGCCCUCUUCCAGAGUCCUGCCAAACAUGUACAACAACAAAGAGCUACUGUACCGAAACCACCUGCCAUGAAACCCGAAUUAGCAAAUCGUGUAGAAAAAUCAAAAAGAGCUUUACUCUUUACACCCGAAAAACAACAACAACAGCAGCAACAAAAAUCAACGACAACAACAUCUUAUUUUGCUCCCAGUACAAACGCACAAUUGGAUAUGUUAUUGAAACGUAAACGUAAUCAUUGUGAUGAUGCUGAAGAUGUUGAUACCGCGGAAUUGACUGCACAAAGUAGUAAGCUAUUUAAAGGAAAUGGAUCGACUGGUCUUACACCUAGGGCGCUUAAAAUUAAAAGUCAAAGUUUCUGUAUUGGGGCUGGUUCCUCAACGAAAACAAACAGCAAACAAUUGCCCUGUGCCUCUAGUUCGUUUACAACAACCUCAAAUAUGUCACUGUGUUCCAGCAGUAGCGGUAGCAGUAGUCAGUUGCAAUUGCCACGCACUAGUUCAGUGUCUUCCUUAUUGGGAUCGAAACUACAAAAAGCCUAUUCGGAUAAUUUGGCACCCUCGAAUAGUUUGACAGAAAAUCAAAAGAAAAAACUACUUUGGGCCGUUUCACAAGCCUUGCAGGAGAGAAAAAUCAAUGCUAAACAUGAAAGUUUUAAACAAUAUGCCUCCAUUUUGGCACGAGUAGUGAGAAGAAUAUUUCAGGAAUUCUAUCAGAAAAGCAGUACCAGUAAUAGUGAGACUAUGUUAAGAUUGGCCAAAAAGUAUGUUUAUCCAGUAACCGCUGGUUCCACAGCUGAUGAUAUUUACCUGCAGGCCAAAGCACAAAUCGAAGAUACCAAACGCCAAUCAACUACACGUCUCUCCGGCUAUAUAGGACCCGAAGAAUACCAGCAACUUAAGCAACAAACAUCACAAACUCCACUCACACAAACUCAAAGUCACAAAGGUUCUCUACACAAUAUUUUCAACACUGACAAUUCAUUCGAUUCCUUUGGUUUGAUUAGUCAAACUUCAUCGGGCUUUUGUGGUUCGACUAAUGGCAUGACAAUGUCACAAACAAGUUUUCUUGGUCAAAUAUCACAAGAUAUUAUAACUGCCGAUUCAUCGCAAACAUCUAACUCCUGCAGUGCCUCAAAGACCAUACAAACAUGCCCUUCACUACAAAACAGCUCAUCGAAAAGUAAUCUCUGUGGUGUGGUAUUGCGUGAAAAUGUUGACUGUGAUAUCAGAAGAUCAGCUCAGAAGAAUUUCACCGGCAAAGAUCAACGUAAUAUGAGUCCCUAUACUGGCGGUAGUAAUGGUUCAGCCGUCAAGGCUCAUUCACAAUUGAUUACAGACAGUGCUAAAGCCAGACGUCAAAUAUCUUUUGAUAGCUAAUAUCUCAAGGUCCACAGAGAACAGCAAAACGAAGUCUUGUUUUUUUUUUUUAAUUACAUUUGUUUAAGUUGCUGUAGUUUGUAAUUUAGUUAAUUGUUCUUUUUUUAUAAUAGUUUUUAAAGUUUUCAUUUUUAUUAAGCGCUUAUUUUUCUCCCUCUCUCUCUCUUCAUUUAUUACACAACUUUAAGGUUGUAAAAGUUUUUGUUUAUUUAAACAUUAUUCCAGCUAUUUUUUUAAUUAGGUUUUUAUUUUCAUUUCAUUAAAUUUUGUUUUUAUUUUUUCAUAUUCCUAAACUAAUUCACAAUUUUUUAAGACAAAAAAUAUUUAUAGAAAAUUAAAAAAAAAAAAUUAUACAUAAAAACAAACAAAUUGUGAAUUGUUUAAUUAUAUUUUUAAUUCAUUUUCAUUAUUAUUUUUUUUAAAGAUCUCCUCUUUCUUUACACAAAAGUAAACGCUAAAAAUCUAUAUUAUUGAGUUUUAAACAAAUUUUUGUUGUUUUUUUUUCAAAAUUUCUUAACGACAUUCGUUGUGUGAAAUAGAUUUUUAACAAAAACUAAUUUCGAGUUGUUCAAGUUAACUUUUGUCGUGUUCUCUUUGCUCUCCCUUAUUAAAUUUAUUUCAUAUAAAAUUUGCAAUAUUCUUUAAUGAAAACUAAAUACAUACAUAAGUUUUAAAUG